UCCAGCAGCAGUACCAGCAACCUUCUGUCCAACACCGACGCACCGCAAGGACGGAGACCGAGAGACGCCUUGGGGAUACAACUGAGACAGGCUCAGCGGGACGGACCGGUACUGUGUCAGAUAAUGCCACAACAAAGGAACACAGCGUCGGCGUUGGAUCACGAUUGUCACUCGCUAGCUUUAAGACGUAUAUCGCUCAUUAACACCGAGUCGUGAUUGUUGUUUUGAUUUUUCAUUUGCAAGAGGAACGGAAAAGAAAAACAUCGUCCAACAAGCAUGCCUCCCCCUCCUCACAGCCUACAAUCCAGCGGACUGACACUCUCUGAAACAAGCAUGGGUUCUUUUAAGAGGAGGAAGAGGAAAUCCAUAAUUGUGACCGUGUUGCUGCUCAUUGUAUCAGUGCUUAUCCUCAUCUUCGGCCUGGCAGCAACCACAAGGACGCAGAACAUCACAGUGGGAGGCUACUACCCAGGUGUCAUUUUGGGCUUUGGCUCCUUUCUGGGAAUUAUUGGUGCUCAUUUGAUAGAGAACAAGAGACAGAUGUUAGUGGCAUCUAUUGUCUUUAUCAGCUUCGGAGUGGUGGCUGCCUUCUGCUGCGCUAUUGUUGAUGGAGUUUUUGCAGCGAGGCAUAUUGACCUCAGGCCUCUCUAUGCUGGCCGCUGUGAGUAUCUCUCCAGUGAGACUGCAUCUGAGCGUGACGUGGCGUGUCAAACAUCGCGCACUUCCUGUAACCUGCGUGUGAAGAGCAACACCUGUUACUGCUGUGAUCUUUACAACUGUGGGAAAGAGCAUCCUCUUAUGGGACUUCAGAAUAAAGAUGUUUUGAAAAAGUUUAGGAAAUCAUCCAUGAUUUGGAAGCCUAGCCGUGCGGAGGUGAUGGGAGGGUACCAUGAGUAUACAGACGUGAAAAGCUGCCAGGACGUGGUGCACCUCUACCACCUGUUAUGGUCGGCUACUAUUCUCAACAUUGUGGCCCUCUUCCUGGGUAUCAUUACUGCUGCCAUCCUGGGAGGCUUCAAAGACAUGACACCCUCUCCUAACUCAGAGAACACCCCUGAACCAGAAGCUGUUGCAGCUCCAGUCCACACACAGCCACCUCCACCCACUACUUCUCUCAACCCGUAUCACAAUGCUGCCCCCUACCUGCCACCUUAUACUGCCUACGACCUGCAGCAGGGCUCAUACAUGUUCCCCGACUCCUCUGGCCUGUCAGAUGACUCCCAGUCUGGAGCCAGCCACCUGUGGCCCACUAUGAUCCCUCCUCGCUAUUCUCCUCCCCACGACCACCCUGACGAGAAGCCCCCACCAUACAGCCCAUAGUAAGGUGGCUACGAGAGAAGAAAAACAGGUGUAAUCAGGUGUAAUGACUUGCUGAGCGAGGCAUUUGCUCAGUUCUUGUGAGCAUUUCCUCACAAUCAUUCAGAAGUGUGCCGAGGAAGAGGAGGAGGGCCACAGGGAACACUAAUUUGACCCAGAUCAACGGAGCAAAUCUUCCCCGAGGACCAAUCACACUCUGGUCUACAAUGUCUGUGUCCACAUACACAUCAAGAGAGAGACAACCUGCAUUUCAGGACUGUUUACACAUCUCUCUGCCUUAAUGCAUAUGGUAUUCCAGCACUGCAGCUCUGUGUCACUUGGACUGAUACUGUACAGAAACUUUCCUCCAACUCAUGCUUUAUGUUCAUGCCUCUAUAGUGGAAACUGUAAAUGCUUCCUGCCUCAAGGUACAGAAGAUACUGUACUCACUGUAAGGAUAUAGACUGAUUUAUCAGCGCUGCCACCUCUAUGUCAAGUCAAUGACGAGUUAGAUUGCAGCUUUGGUGUUUUCCCCAAAUAUAAUAUGGCUGGAAAAUUCAACACUCUGAGGUGUAGCACCAGCAGUUAUUUCUUUAGCUGUUUAUAGAGUCCCAGAACAUCAUUAAAGGCAAAUUUACUAGUAAUGAAGGUAUUACAUGCUCAUAAUGUAUGUACAGCUGUAUGAUAUACAGAUAGAAAAGUUAGGCCUAAAAUAUACCAACAUCAUGAUAUCUAUCAUCUCCUCAGUGUGUUGUGAGCAGAGCAGUGUUAACAAUAAACUAUUGGACCUACAGUAGCUGCUGAGGCUAUACAAUUAUCUAUAACACUGAACCCUAUUUAUUGUAUUUCCACUGAAAGCUGGUAGCAGGUAUGCGUGUUUGUCUCUCACAUUUUAAGUAGUAAUAUCGCAUGUAAAAGCUGAAAAAAGUUUCCGAAGUUCACACUAACAAGGUUACAUGUGAGUAUUCAGAGCUGAAAUCACUGAUAAGAGGACUCAAUAAAAGUUAAAGAACUCUUCGUGCAUUGAGGAACAGAAAAAAUUGAGGCAGAAUUGUACAUUUUAUCAAUUUCCAUGAAACGCAGCACCUGUGUGCUUUGAUCACUGCUUUUUAUAAUUUUAAUUUUACAUUCUCAGGAGCGGCUAAAGGCUCAGCUCCUUCUUUGUCUUGCCAUUAAAACUUGUUUUGCGUAGUUUCGCUUUGUUUCA